AUGUGCUACAAAGUCGUCGAACGCUACUCCGUCUGCAAAUGCCUCUACUUCCAACACUCCAUUGACCCCUGCCAAGCCUACGGCCAACGCAACCACCCCGUACAAGAAAAGACCGUCCUGGUCGGCUACGUGUGCGACACGCACUCGACUCGCGGGUGCCCUUCUUCCCCGAGUGGUGCGGGGAAGUGGCUUGAUUCGGGGUAUUCGAGUGAGAAGGGGUCUGGGCGGUAG